CAUGUAUGUUACUCUGAACUUGCAAGAUACGGCGUUAAAAAUGACGCAAAAAAUCGCGAAACCGUGAUACACUCCGCAGGUCAUCCGCAAAGCAAUUAUUUAGACCGCAUAAAGCGAAGACUUGCCGAUUAUUCCACAGCUCUCAGUUUUUGAGCGUGGUAUGACCGACUCGAAAAGUAAGAUUCUCUCGUUCUUCACUGGUGUGAUAUUUUAAGUGGUGAAAGCGAUGGACGAGUGACUAAAAUAAUAUAAUCAGCAGAAAUAUGCAAGGUGACAGGUCCCACGCUGCGAAAUCUCUGUGCUGCAGCUCCGGUUUUAUGAAAUCUGAUUUUACAUUUAUAUCGUUUUGGCCUAGCAACAGAUCCUGUUAUCUUCAACGAGCGCUAUACCUCACAAGCGAUGAAUGGGAAGAUAUGUACUUUCAGAAUUUCCCAACACAUCCAAUAUUUCAGAAAAACCAUUCAUUUAAAUUACGUGGAAUUAAUUGCGACCUACAUCUAUCAUCAAACUUUGAACGACAACACGUUCAUUUUCCCAUUUGUUGAUGUGACGAUAUUAAUUGACUCCGCAGCGCGUGCGAUGCAAGCUAGCUCGUACAAUUCAGAGAAAAGGUCGCGGUCGUAACUUGCAAGGAUAAAUUUACGCCGGCGAUCGUGCUUUCCCCGCACUCCAGGCUUGCCUCCUCUUCGUCCCAAAUUCUAAGAGCAACCCACUCGCGUGCGGAGGACGACGUUGCGGUCUUAUACGGUAGUAUUAUACUACGUUUAUUCGAGUGCAUCUCUUACUUACACAUAUUACGCUAUUCUCAGCACAUACUAAUAUAUGUAGUAUCUGUAAGGUAUAAUAGAUAUGGAAACUGGGAACCGGCGUUCCCAGCAUCGAGCUCACCGCAGGACGGUGUAACCCGUACGAUCUUUAGCCUCUCUAUGCUUUCAUCGAAGUCUCCAUACGAUACCAGCAACCACUCGGUGUCGACUGUCGCCUCUUUCAGUCAGACGCUCUCGAGCUCUCUACCCGGGCAGUGUACGCCUUAAUCGAUAAUUACAAUUUGAAAAAAAUAUAUAUUAAUUAAAUAGAACAUUUAUUGGUUUCGUGUCAUUUAUUUUUGAAUUUUUGCACCUUAGAAUAAGCAAAUUAAAUUAAUUACCGUCACAAUAAAAUAAUCAGUGAACUAUUGAUUCGACAUGUUUACGCUAUUAACAUUAGGUUUUUUCUUGACGAUAACGACCUUAUCGUACGGUACAAUUUUACCAAUGCGGAUGCUCCACGACCUUGAUAGACGUGCAAACGUAUCGACGGAAAGAUACGACCGAAUGGAAGCUCAGAUACUGACCUCGAAGACUCAUCUGGCCCGAGGCACACCGGCUUGGUACCUCGGGGCUUCUCACGCGAUGGUACCAGAGGCUCGAAACCUUUCCCGAAGGGCUAUUCGAGGCGAAACAGUCGCUACAAUGCUAGUUGAGGCGAUGAAAAUGACCCCGAACGAAGCAGCGUCCGUUCUUCCAGCGAUGGGGGCGGCUGCUGCUCUGAUAUGCGACGUUGGACCGGCGAAAUUUUUUCCCAGUGACGAUAAAAGGUGCAGUGGUGCGAGUGUGAAUUUAAAAUACAGGAAACAAUCGGGCCGGUGUAAUAAUCCUUUGCACCCCAAUUGGGGGGCUGCACUUGAAUCUUACGCUCGUUUGAUGCCUGCUGAAUACGCAGACGGUGUUUCGCUUCCAAAAUUUUCAAAUACACCCAGCGCGAGGGAUGUUUCUUUGAAAAUUCAUUCGGACGGGACUGAUCAACCACACCCUUAUCUUAUGGCAAUAGCUGCGCUGUUCGGACAGUUUAUCGCACAUGAUUUAUCUCAUACUCCGAAAGUCGAACUGCCGGACGGAGGAAAAAUUAAAUGCUGUGAUGUAGAUUACGAACAUUUUCAUCCGGAAUGUUUUCCCAUAAAGGUACAGGAGCGGUCCGAAAUAAAGUGUAUGGAAUACGUCCGGUCCGCUCCGCAUCCAGGAAAUACGAACGAGGGUUGCAAGCUUGGACCACGCCAGCAAAUAAAUCAGGCAACGUCUUAUCUGGAUCUUUCUCAACUUUACGGAAUUUCGGAGGAAACGACCAGAGAGUUACGCUCGGGUAUCGGAGGCUUGUUGAAUACGCAGAGAAAAAAUUUACCGAUGCCUUCGAGGGCGCCUGAAAAUUGCAGAGGCAGUAACCCCGCGUUUCCCUGUUUCUUCAGCGGCGAUGCCCGAAUUAAUGAGAAUCCUGGGAUCGCUCUCAUGCACGUAUUGUUUCUCAGGGAACACAACGACAUUGCCACUCAGCUUCAAUCCAUCAACCCGCAUUGGAACGAUGAAACAUUGUUUCAGGAAGCGCGUCGUAUUGUUAUUGCCGAAUUACAGCACAUCACUUACAACGAAUACCUGCCAGCUAUUUUGGGAGAAUCAGCCGUCGACAGAUGGAACUUGCGGUUGAGGACAAACGGAUAUUUUGGGGGAUACGAACCGACGCGAGAUGCGACAUUGUCAAACGCUGCGGCUUCCGUUGGGCUCAAUUUCGUCGCUGCAAUUACCCCGAAAACUCUGGAUCUGGUGGACACGAGGUCUCCAAAAUCUGUUAAAUCCGGGGAGAGGACUUUACUUUCCUCAUUUUACGCACCGCAAGAACUUUACGAAGCCGGGGCGAUCGAUCGACUUAUUUCAGGGGCGACAGCUGGGCACUCCAGGAAACCGGCACCACCCAGCCUCAACGAGAUUCUCCUUGGGCGUUACUUUCACGAUGGUAAAUCCACGGAGACUCCCAUCGACCUUGCUGCACAGCUCGUACAACAGGGUAGGGAUCACGGUCUACCACCUUACACAAAGUGGAGAAUCUUCUGCGGUCUCCCCGAUGUCAACGUAUUCGACGACCUGCGUGGCACCGUGUCCAAGGAAGCUAUUCAAAAGCUGCGCUCCACUUACAGGAAUGUUGCAGAUAUCGAUCUCAUCACUGGGGCCCUCGCUGAAGCGCCAGCGGAGGGAUCCGUCGUGGGACCGCUUUUUUCAUGCCUCCUAGGAAGAAGUUUUAGGAAUAUUCGAAUCGGGGAUAGAUAUUGGUACGAGAAUGGUAAUACGCCAGGUGCUUUCACUUUGAAGCAGUUGUAUGAAAUACGCAAGAGUUCAAUGGCGAGAAUACUUUGCAAUAAUGGAGACAGACUGGGGCGAGUCCAGCCAAGAUCCUUUAUCUUAACCGACCCGUUCCUAAACCCGAUGUCUAAUUGCUCCAGCUACUCGAUUGGAGGACGUCUAGAUUUAAUGCCUUGGAAAGAAAGAUUAACAGGAACGCUCUGAUUGUUUUAAUUUUUCCUCUGAGUAAUCGCAAGUCUGUUUCACUCAUUGGCCAACCGAUUAAAGUAAAAUAUACAUUCCGAUACGCUUACCCAAAGAAAAAGACUUGUAUUGCAGAAGUUGGAUAUUCUAAUUUACGUAUAUAAUAACGACGCUAGAACUUGCAGCGUGGUGGGAAAUCUAAGACGCAUAUUAGAAGAAUGAUACGAAACCCCUUUCAGAUCGACAGUCCAAUCGUGUAAUUAUCAUAUUACCUUACUAGUAUUUAUACUACUAGGAAUUACAAUAGUUGAAUAAAGAGACGCUGUGUGAAUUAAUAUAGAUAAUAAAUUUAUCUGUGUGUAAGCGGAGUUAUAAAAUUA